GCACCAGUACAGGAUCUGGUACAAUAUGAGACUCGUGUCUUUGACUCUGGUUUUGGAAAACACACUACCAAAUAUAUGGGCCCACCUGAUGAGGAGAACAACAAGCAUUGGGAAGACCUUUACCAGGCUGGAAUAAGCAUGAUUCCUAUAGAUAAGGCGGCAAAGCUUCCUGUUAAGACAUACCCAAUUCCUGAAAGACCCGGGUAUUAUGUUAUUGGAAUUGAUGUUUUCCAUCAGCUACACUGCUUGGUAGGCUUCAAUUUCGAGAGAAUAUUAUAUAUGGAUAGAAAUGAGGAUAAAGAUAAAGAUGGACUGCAGAAUAUGGACCAUCUGGACCACUGUAUUGAUUCAAUACGGCAGAGCUUGAUGUGCUCCUCAGACAUUUCCACGAUUGUGUGGGUAUGGGACUCUGCAAGUCACAAAGCAAGGCCCCAUGCGAACGUCACUCAUACCUGUCGGGAUUUUGAGGCAAUUAGACAAUGGUCUUUGGAGCAUCGUGCACCGGUAUGGAAUCGGUCUAUAUUCGUUCCGGAUCCGUUGCGUCAAGACUCCGCGCAAUACUAA